AAGAGCCAACACAACGACUUGGAAAGAUAAAAAAAAAAAAAAGUCUUUGAGUGUGUCACUGAGUCACAACCUCAACAAGAAAUCAGAAAUCAUAGUUUUUUUUUAAGGCUAUGUGUUCUGCCAAUCAGUCAAUAAGGUUUUAUUUUGUUAUGUCAAUCUGGUGCUUGAGGCUGUUUCUUUUAACAACAUACAAACAACUGCAGAGUUUGCACAUUCAGUAGAUACCCCCAGGGGAAGUCUCUGCUCAAAACUGAAGCAAACAUCCUGUAACUUGAAGCAGAGCAGUGACUAACUUCAGUGAGGGGCAAAUAUCACCAUAUGUGAUUGGUCAUUUUUUUUCCCCAACCUUUUCCCUGUUGGUUACUUCCUGCCCCCAGCGUCACCACCGUUAUAUAAACCCUUCACAACCUGCCUGCAGAGCUUUCUCACCUGAAGCACAACCCACUAAAGACAGCCAAGAUGAGAGUCACAAACAUGUCAUUCAAGGAGGGGCAUGAUUUCAAGAUCCGCAUCAAGCCCAAGGACGACUGUGCCUCCUUCACCGUCAACAUUGGUCAUGAUUCGGAGAACAUCGCGCUGCACUUCAACCCUCGUUUCGACUACGGCAAUGACAGCAACGUCAUCGUCUGCAACGCCAUGUCUGGGGGAUGCUGGGGUGAAGAGCAACGUGAGGAGAACUUCCCUUUCUCACGUGGGGAUGAAUGCAAGUUUUACAUUAACUUCAACAAUGAGCAGUUUUACAUCAAGCUUCCUGACGGCUCCAUGAUGAACUUCCCCAACCGACUAGCGGAAGUCAAGUACAAAUUCUUUGAAAUCAGCGGUGACGCAAAGGUCGUCGGCAUCAAGAUCAAGUAGAGGCCCACCGCUUCACGACCCUUGAUCUGUCCACUUUUUGUUUUUGCUAUAAGGUGGUCCAUUUUACACUACUGAACCCAGGACUGAUUAUGCAUCUUUGCUCCACCCAAAGCUUGUGAAAAAUAGAACCAAACAUUUAGUAUUGAUGUUGUAGUGUGAGGAAUUGGCCUAAAGAGGGAGCCACAGCUCAUCUUAUCUCACUGUGCUGUCUUAACAUCUCAUCAGUCACUGGGUUUCAUGAAUACUGUGA